GGAGAUAAAUGAUAGUUUGGAGGUGCGCGCAGUUAAUCACCGCCACGGCUGCCGUACAGCGUGUGCAACCCGCAGAUCAUUAGGUUAAAUGGAGGACAUUCGUGUCCUUCCAGAAUCAAUGCAAUUAUUGUUGGCAACAAGGACAACAAUUGGAGUGGCAGCACUAAUUUUACUAACCUGCUAUUAAUUAUGGUGUCCCCCACGCCCCAGACGGCGUUUAUAACCCGCGGAAGCAAGCGGCGCUGGCUGCUUCUGUUUUAAAACGGGAAAAGUUGGAAGUGGAACGCCUGGUCGUGUUGGAAAGUGUUAAUCAGUAGGAAAGAGUGUGAUCAGUGGAACUAUUCACUUGAGCGUCACUCUGGUACAGGGGGUUAGUGAAGUGGCUGUGGCGCCUGGGGACCGGAGGCUCCGUGCCGCGCCGCGCAGGUACCGCGCACUGAGACAUGUCUGCGUUAGCUCCCCGCAGCUCCCUGCCUCGCCAGCCAGCGCAGACCGGAGCAGAGAAGCCUCACCAUGGCACAGCCAUCGCUACCAGGGUUUAGCCGUAGCCUGGCGUGAUCACAGCAUCUAGGGACCUGUGGUUACCAAUCAAUUGGUACAACAGAGCAGAGCCAGGCUGCAAUAGCGUGCAGAUCAGACGCCUCGCCUUGUUUCUAGAUAACUGGGAGCCUCUGUACCAUGUCCUAUCCUCAGUUUGGCUACCCUUACUCCUCAGCACCCCAGUUCCUGAUGAGCACCAACUCCCUGACGACCUGCUGCGAGACCAGCAGCCGGACGCUGGCUGAGACGGGGGCGGCCGCCUCGGCGCAGACCCCCGUGUACUGCCCGGUGUACGAGAGCCGCCUGCUCGCCACCGCCCGACACGAGCUCAACUCCGCCGCCGCCCUGGGGGUCUACGGCGGGCCCUACGCCGGGCCCCAGGGCUAUGGAAACUACGUGACCUACGGUACCGAGGCUCCCGCCUUCUACUCCUUGGUAAGCCGCCCCGGGGAUGCUCGCUCCCUCCCGCGCACUCCCCGUGCCCCCGGGGCGAGGCCGCUCGGCGGGACCCGCUCCCCGGGCGGGGCAGCCCCGGGGGUUCCCUCCGCCCCGGGGGGUUCCCGCAGCCCCGGGGGAUCCCCUCCGCCCCGGGGGAUCCCCUCCGCCCCGGGGGAUCCCCUCCGCCCCUCCGUGCGCUCCCCGCGUUCAGCCCCGCCGUCGGCAGCUGCUCCAGCCCGGCGCUCGCUCCUCGCGGUAACGCAAUUAAAAGUCGCGCCUGACGAGCUGGCGGCCGAGUGCCGAGGGCCCGUCCGGGCGGGCAGUUUCGGCCGACCCAGACUCAGGCUUGCAAACAAAAUGAUGCCUGUCCUCAUCCCUCCUAAAACCGAUCUGUCCUCAUCCAUCUCCUCACCCUCCGGGAGGUGCCACAGACAAGCGGGCUCGGGCUCUGGGACCCCGCGCGGGAGGCGAGAGCAGGGUGUCACAUCCCGAGGGCUCCCCUGUGCCUGCAGGUACGGGACGAUGGACGGCGGGACGCGGAGAAAAAACGCCACCCGAGAGACGACCAGCACGCUGAAGGCCUGGCUGCAGGAGCACCGCAAGAACCCCUACCCCACCAAGGGCGAGAAGAUCAUGCUGGCCAUCAUCACCAAGAUGACCCUCACCCAGGUCUCCACCUGGUUCGCCAACGCCCGCCGGCGGCUCAAGAAGGAGAACAAGAUGACCUGGCCCCCGCGGAACAAGUGCUCUGACGAGAAGCGGCCCUACGAGGAAGAGGAGGAGGAGGAGGAGGAGGGUUCGCAGGAAGAGGCGAUGAAGAGCGGGAAAGCCGAGGAACCCACGGGCAAGGAGGAGAAGGAGCUGGAGCUCAGCGACCUGGAGGACUUGGACGCCGCCGAGUCGGAGAGCUCGGAGUGCGAGCUGAGGCGGCCCUUCCCGCACCCGCUCCCGCAUCCGCACCCGGGGGGGGGGGGGGGCCCCGCCAAGAUGCCGCCGCCCGCCGCCUCCGGGGAGGAAGAGGAGGAGGAGGAGGAGGCGGCGGCGGCAGAGCGGGCGCGGAGCUGCCUGAAGACGGCGGCGGACGAGUGCGGCCCCGACCCGCUGGGCGCUCGGCAGCGCGGCUGCGAGUCCAAGAUGUGCUUCCAGCAGGGGCAGCAGCUGCUGGAGGCGAAGCCCAGGAUUUGGUCCCUGGCGCACACUGCCACCUCCCUCAACCAGGCCGAGUACCCCUCCUGCAUGCUGAAAAGGCCGGGGGGCUCGGCCGCCGCCGCCGCUCCCGCCCCGGUCAGCGUCAUCGACAGGCACCAGGAUUCGCCGGUCACCAACCUCAGGAACUGGGUGGACGGGGUGUUUCACGACCCCCUGUUCAGGCACAGUACUUUAAACCAAGCCCUGAGCAACACAACAGUUUCCUGGGCUACCACCAAAGGAGCCAUUCUGGAAACGGGCGCCUUGGGACGCGCGGUGGGGAACGGCGCCAAUGUGCUCAAGGGGCAGCUCUCAAACCUGGCCCACCAUGACUCAAACAAAGAGUUUCUGGCGUUUCCCAAAUCAGGAAGCAAAAUGUUUUGUUCCUAACAGGCCCGCCGAGGGGCAAAAGACUUUCUAACGCUUGAAGAGUCAGCUACACUGAAAAGAGA